AUGGCUCUCCUCAAACUUUUUCUCAUGGCUUUCAGCUUUGUCCUCUGGGCAGCAGGUCUAACCAUGCUUACCAUUGGUAUCUGGGCCAAGAUUUCAUUAGGUACCUACUUGAUGCUAUCGACCAAUGAAUACCCCCCCACCCCAUUCAUUUUGUUGGCAGCUGGCACCACUAUCAUUGUGUGGGGCGUUCUGGGUUGCUUUAGCGCUGCCAUUGAACACCGUUGCCUACUGCGCACUUAUGGGGGCUUCCAGCUGGCUGUCUUGGCUGCUGGAUUGACAGCGGGGCUGUCUAGCUUGUUUUAUCGUGAGAGCAUUGCUGAAGGUUUCCAGAACGGGCUGAGAGAAGCCAUAAAUUUAUACACCAAGGAUGAGGAAAAAGCAGAGGCCCUGGAUUCCAUUCAGCGUAACUUGAAUUGCUGUGGGAUAGAGAGUUAUCGCGAUUGGUUUUCCUCACCCUGGUCUGUGGAGCAACAGGUACCUAAUGGCUCCGUGCCUCUGAGCUGCUGCAGGACCCGAAAAGGUUGCCUGCAUGCUCCACUCCCUUCUGAUGCCAGAGGCAUUUACCACAACGGGUGCUUCAGCAAGGUGCAUGACUUUGUCAGCUGCAAUAUGUUCUACAUUGCCUCAGCUUCACUCGGGCUGGCCCUCAUGCAGAUUGUGGGCAUUAUCCUUUCUUGCCUCCUGGCUGCACGUAUCCUGCCCCAUGCGGAAUCACCUGGAGGGGCCAUCCCACACUGA